ACUUACAAACCAUUCCUCUGCGAUGCGAAGAAAGAGGACGUUUCCUCUUGCCGCAGAAUGCCGCCCAAGAGAGCCCAGACGAACCGUGCCAGUGGCGCCAGCAAGAAGUCAAAGCGGGAAGGCAGUCCAUCUCAGCGACGAGGAGAUGCAUCUUUACCUGACAGGACGGCUGACUGGUGCGCGGACUGCUGGGGGAAGGCGCAGGAAGCGUGUCGCGCCGGUCACCAGCUUGUGGACCGAGACGCGGCUUGGAAGGCCGCGCGGGACGAGUUCACCGCUGCCAACAAGGAGUUCGCGCGGGCGAUGUGGGAGUUCGAGACUGCGAAGGAGGGGCUGACCCGGACGCGGGAGCGACUGAGUGCUCUGGCAGGAGCGCGCGCCAGCCGGGGCCCCGUCCUCAGGGCGCUCUUCACCAAGACGGUCGACUGUGAGAAAAAAUACGGAAUGUUUUACAGUGUCAAGGACCACAAGGACGUGGCCCUCGCCGUCCACAUCGCUCUGGCCGCCACCCAGACGCUAUCCGCUGAGGACAGGAGCGCGGUCUGCGCGGCGCUCUCCGGACUGGUCCCCAAAUUCAGUUACAAGGACGCGAAAUGCAGCUCAGCUCACUGCGUCGUGAAAGUGGAGGCUCUGAAACACGUGAUGGAGAAGCUGCCUGACUUCCUGGGGGGCCAGACCGUUAAGGAAGGCACCAUGCUGCUCAGCCGAAAGGGGCGGCUGACGAUCGUGUUCGAUGAGGCAUCGAUGAAGGGGGUCAUGGGUACCAAACUGUUCGGACACUUGCUCGUGCAGGGCAACUUCGAAGCCUUGCACCGUCAAGGCAACGCCGGCCGUUCUUGCCACGAAAGCGCCUACACUCUGGGUAGUGUGGAGUUCGUGAUGUGUGGAUGCGGCAGCAGCAGCUCGACGCAGGACGUUGCCGACAUCCGCCGACUGUUCCCGACGGCCGCACACUGUCAGGUCACCGUUCAGGAAGGUGCGGUCACCUGGACGGCCGACCUGCCUCUGCUGGCAGACUGCCCGUCAUCGGGCGAGCUGCGGGCCGCGCUGCUUCAGGCGAGUCGGGACGGGAGACUCAGAAGGGUUGUUGGAGAGGGCUCCAGUAUCAUCAUGCCAGGAAGUGGCAAUAGCGCUCCGGACAGUAAUACGGUGGACAGCGAGCUGUCCCCCGCCGGCCAGCAGCAGAAGACUGCCUCGGCGGACUGGUGCGCGGACUGCUGGGCGGCGGCGAAGGACGCCUGCCAUGGUGCCCACAGGCUUCUGGACAUCGCCGUAGCGGAGGAAGAAGCCACGGCAGAGUUCACGGCGGCGAAGCAGGAGGUGUCGCGGACGCGGUCCGAACUCGUGGCUGCAACGCAGGAGGCAGAACGGAAGCAGUCACGUCUGGACGCUCUGGUGGACGCGAGCGUGCUCGAGAGCCCCGUCAUCAAGGUGCGCAUCGACGAAGUCAGUCUGCCGGGCUGGUAUGUCGCAGGCGGUCACAUGCACAUCGGGCUGGCUGCGACGAAACCACUCACCGCCGCGGACAAGAGGGCGAUCUGCGAGGCACUGGCGGGCCUGGAGAUGGAGUACCACACACAGGGCACCGAGCGCACAAUCGCUUACGGUUACGCUAAAGUAACCGACCCGUUGAAGGGUGCGAUGGAAAAGCUGUGCGACUACGUGGAGGGCCAGCAGUUGCGGGAGGGCACCGUACUGCUCGGCGCGGACGGACAAUUGGAGGUGUUCUUUCCAAGUUCAAAGCAACUUCCUUGUGUAAAUGUGUGGGUGUCCUGUUUGGGCACGAAGGUGUUGGGACUCGUGCAGACCGGCCUGAGCAUCCUGGAGGGUGAGGCCUGUAUCGGAGUGUCCCAUUGCGGGGGCGACGACGGAGACUGCUUCUGCGAGAGGCGCGACGCGAACUGCACCCUUAGUGAGGUGGAAUUCGUGAUGUGAGGCGAGCCCACCGCCUCGCCUGGUUCGGCAGAUCUCGUUUUACGAAAAUUUCUUUCGUAUUAUAGCUUUUGUAUCGAGUUGUUUAAAUUUUAGAUGGUUCAUUACGCAAUGUGUUCUUCUUUUAUUAACUUACGCAUUUCGGAGACAGAUAAUUUCUGUCCAGAUUAGUUUACCGACAUCCCAGUUUACUCAAUUUGGUGUAACCUACGUCCCAAUUUUGAAUUUUUAAAGGUAUUUGAUGAGCUUAGUUAGUUGUGAUGUAUUCUGAUGUUCCCUUGAACCCAAUUUUAGCAUUUAUUGGAUACCCAAUCAAUUUGCCCCGUUGGUAUUUAAAAUUUAGUAUAUAUGGUCUAUUUGUCACACUGUUUACGGGAACUGUAUUAAAGUGUUUUUAACUACUGUCAA